GCAUCAUGCUCCAAUUGUUAAUAAUUUCACUUGCAGAUACUAAUUGCCUCUUAUUGAAUUUUUCAAAAAAUUUUCCAGUAUAAUAAAGUUGCAAUUGGCCUCAACCCUGCACAAUCUCCUCAGUGCUAUAAUGAAUAGAUUACGCGAGUGCAGAGUUAUGAUACACAAACUAGAGGAGGGAAGUUGGAAAACUGAGCAGAGCCUUACUCAUGGAUCUGCUUUUGAUGGUCAGCUUAAGUCUUCAGCCAGGGAGGCCAGGGAUGCCACUGACUCAUCUUCAGUCCCUCUCCCUGAAAUAGGAUCUGUUUACAUCAAGAACGAUCCUGGAGAUGAGAAUGAAUUCUUUUCUGUGAAGCAGGAACCAAUUGACAUUUUCAGAAAUGAGCAAACACCACCUCCACCAUCUUGUGCGCCCUGCAAGAAGGAAGCUCAGGACCCUGGCCAAUGUACCCCACAAAACAUUGUUAAUGUCUCUAAAGAACUGCAGCAGGGCAUGGAAAGAAAGUUGCCUUUACCUGAGGGAGCUCCAGAAGACAUUGUUGACAGUUGCAACAUCUCUGCAGCAUCCACUUCUAAGCAACACAAACCGACACUUGUCCUUUCCCGCCCUGAAUUUGCUGGGAUUGAACAUGCAACCCAACAGCAUCAGGAUCUACCAGAUGAGCCUUCAUCCUCAAGCAUACACUCAUGCCCCUACUGUGAAUAUUGUUGCAGUGCACAACAGGAACUUUUGAAACAUAUUCGUGCUAAACAUUCAUCAGACAGAAGAUAUAGUUGCUCUGAGUGUGAAUUUGUUUGUUCCAUAAAGCGACUUCUCAGAUAUCACAUUAUAUCCAAGCAUUCAUCGCAGAAAACUUUUUGCUGUCUCAAGUGUGAUUAUUCUUGUGUCACUCAGCGGCAACUAAAGCAUCAUGUUCUUUCCACGCAUUCAUUAGAAAAAACUCUUUGCUGCCUUAAGUGUGACUUUUCUUGUGUUUCUAAACUGCAGCUAAAUCGUCAUAUUCUUUCCUCACAUUCAUUGGAGAAAAAUCUAAGCUGCUUGGAGUGUGAAUAUUCUUGUGCUACCAAACAACAACUAAAGCAUCAUACAUUUGCCAAGCAUUCAUCCAUGAAGCCAUAUAGUUGCUCAAAGUGUGAAUAUUCUUGCGUCACUAAACGGCACCUGAAUCUUCAUGUUCUUUCCAAACAUGCAUUUGAGAAACCUUUCAGGUGCUCAGAUUGUGAAUAUUGUUGUGUCACCAAACAGCAUCUAGAUUAUCAUGUUGUAUCCAAGCAUUCAUUGGAGAGACCUUUCAGUUGCUCUGAGUGCGAAUAUUCAUGCAUUACUAAAGGCAACCUAAAACAACAUAUCCUUCAGAAGCAUUCAUCAAGCAAACCUUUCAGAUGCACUAAGUGUGAAUAUUCCUGCAACACUAAAAGCAAUCUAAAACAGCAUAUCCUUCAGAAGCAUUCAUCGAGUAAACCUUUCAUGUGCACUUAUUGUGAAUAUUCUUGUGCCAUCAAAUCUAAUAUCAAUCGUCAUAUUCUUUUUAAGCAUUCAUUGAAAAAACCUUUCUGCUGCUUGAAUUGUGAAUUUUCUGGUGUAACUAAACAGCAACUAAAUUAUCAUAUUCUUUCUAAACAUUCUUCAGUUAAGCCUCUCAGAUGCUCUCAGUGUGACUAUUCUUGCCUUAGUGAAAACAGUCUAAAAGUGCACAGUCUUCAUAAGCAUUCAUCAGAGAGACCUCUCAGCUGCCCGAAGUGUGAUUAUUCAUGUGUCACUAAAUCCGAUCUAACAAAACAUCUUCUUGUGAAGCAUUCAUCGGUGAAGCCUUUAAGCUGCUCGGAGUGUGAAUUUUCCUGUGUCACUAAACAGCAACUGAAUUAUCAUACUUUAUCCAAGCAUUCUUCAGCAAAGCCUCUCAGUUGUUCGGAGUGUGAAUAUUUAUGCAUCACUAAAAGCGAUCUAAAACGACAUAUUCUAAAAAAGCAUUCCACAGAGCCCCCUGUCAGUUGCUCAUAGUGUAAACUUUCUUGUGUUGCUAAAUCAGCUCUAAGGAAACACUUUCUUUGUAAGCAUUCAUUGUUGAAGCCCCCAAUUGCUGCUUGUAGUAUGAAAAUUCUUGCAUCACAAAGCAAACCUGAAAAUUCCUAUUUUUUAAAGUAUUUAUCAUCAUUUUACAGUGAGGAACAGACGUUUUGGUCCUCACCAAGCUCGCCCAGUGGGAAUUAUCAUCCCACCUAUUCACGCGGCACCUACAAUUAUAUUAUAAAAUUAUAUUUUUAUAUCACGAAGAAACUCAGGAGUACUAGGGUAUCUAAGAAAUAAAUUUAAUGAUAAAGAUCUCAUAACACAUUCCUCAAUUAGUAGAUUAUUGUGCCCUCGUGACUUGAAUUUAAAAAUGGGAUACAUUUCUUUCAAAUCCGUGUUUCUUCUACAGUUUCAUGUAGUGUUUCCUUCAAAUUUCCCCAUUUAUGAUUGACUGCAAUGAACCUGUGUUCCACUGUUUUCAAAAUUAGGUUGCAGGCUCUGAACUUGCACUUAUGAAUCUUGCUUAGAGACCUGCAUUUGCUUCUAGAGAUGCCAUAGAUGAUCAUAAAUCUAUCUUGCAGAUGUUCGGUGUGUUAUGAGGUUUAAGUUUAUUACUAGUUUAUUGCAUGUAUAACGAGUGGAUACUAUUUGUUCACUAAAACCCUGAAAAUAAAAUUUGACCACUUGAGCCAGGCUAGAAAAAAGUGUACUGUAAA